AUGAGAUCGUUGCCGUUUGUUUGGUAUGCGUCAGCUGAUCAUCGCAUCUCAUUGUGCUGGAGCGGUUGUGUUCUUCCUGUUAUUGCGGAAGAGCUGCUCCUGAUGAGCCCUAGGCUGAAGAUUGUUGUGGCUUGUGCACUGGUGCUGCCUGCACUCGACGACGAGUGCCAGAUCAAAGUGGUACCGCCUCAGUCGUUUCUUUUCAUUGACGCCUUUGUUCGCACCAUAGAAGCACGGCUGUCCGAAUUGAGAACGCGAAGACAACAGGAGAAUUGCCUUUUGGAGGCCGCUUCGUCCUUGUCCGAGUUCGCACCUGGAACGUACUUUAGGAAUGUGAUCGACGACAGCACUUGUAAACCUGAAAAGGUUACCAAGGUAAUCCUCACAAGUGGCAAGCAUUGGAUUGCAGUCGAAAAAGAACGCGAUGAACGUGGUCUCAAGGAUACGGUAGCGAUAAUUCGCGUCGAGAGUCUCUGCCCCUUCCCCGUGCAGGAUCUUCGAGAAACACUUCAACGGUACCCCAAAGCAACGAGUAGGUUCUUACACUCGUCAUAG